UCGGUGCUGUGAUCCCAAACUCUUACAAUCUCAGUGUGGAACCCAUCUCUCUCAUCUGGCAGACAAGGGCUCUCAGAGCAGGCAGGGUUUCAAGGGGAAAUGGCUGGUUUCCUCUCAGACCUGGUUCAAUACCGGAGGCUAUGGCUAAUGAUUGUGGUGCUGGGAAUUGGUGGAACCCACCUCUCUGGUUUUCAAAUGUCUGUGAUCAAUUACACUUCUCUGUACAUUCAGAAGUUUAUCAAUGAAACUUGGCUGGAGCGAUACGGUUCUGUGCUGCCUCAGGAGACCCUGAUGCUACUGUGGUCCCUCAUCGUGUCAGUGUACUGCAUGGGUGGGAUGAUAGGGUGUCUGUGUAGUGGGUACCUGGCUGCAAAAUUUGGAAAGAAGAAAUGCCUACUGCUCAACGACUUGCUGCUAAUUACAGCCACGCUGCUCACUGGCUUCAGUAGGAGAGCCAAGGCUUUCGAGAUGAUCCUGGCUGGCCGCUUCCUUGAGGGCAUCGGUGCUGGAAUACAUAUGAAUGCCCAUGUUCAGUACGCUGGAGAGAUCUCACCUAAGAAGCUACGUGGAUUUAUAAAUGUGACCUCCACAGUGUUUCUUGCACUAGGAAAAACUGUAGCGAGAAUUCUUGGAUUAAGAGAUCUUUUAGGAACUGAAGACAUGUGGAACGUGCUAUUGUCCUUCUCUGGGUUGGUGGCAUUGAUUCAACUGCUCUUUUUGCCAUUCUUUCCUGAGUCCCCGCCCUAUCUCUUGCUGCAGAAAGAAGACAAAGCUGGUUGCUUGAAAGCCAUGAAGCAGCUCUGGGGAGAAGACAAUUAUCACACAGAAUUUGAUGACUUGAUGAAGGAAAAGGCUAUAACAAAAGGAACCAAAAUCAUGAAUGUCCUGGAGGUGCUGCGAGAACGAUCCGUGUACCCACAGCUGUGCACCAUGCUCCUGCUGUUGCUGAGUCUGCAGCUCUGUGGCAUGAGUGCAAUCACCUUUUACACCUCAGAAAUUUUUCGGACAGCCAACCUGCAGGAAAGCAUAAUCCCAUAUGUAUCUCUAGGUGUUUCAAUCUCUGAACUCAUCUCUAUCAUAUUCUGUAGCUCCAUAAUCGAUCGGUUUGGACGCCGAACGCUCCUGUGUGGUGGUUAUUUGCUCAUGGCACUGAUCCUGGUGUUGCUUGAAACAAGCCUUCUGCUGAGUGAUCAGUUCCUCUGGUUGCGUUACUGCAGUGUUGUUCUCAUCUUUUUGUUCAUCAUUGCUUAUGGAAUAGGACCAGCUGGAGCUGUUGUGUCUGUCAUGAAUGAAAUCUUCACCCUCUCAGCAAGGGCCUCCGCUUUUGUAAUUGGUGGAAUCAUCAUUUGGCUAGGCCUCACCUUCACUGGAAUGAUUUUCCCCUUUGCUGUAAUGCUUCUUGGUCCUUUUUGCUUCCUCAUCUUUAUUGUUGUCCUGAUAAUUUCAGCGGUUGUUAUCUACCUGUUUCUCCCAGAAACAAAAGGGAAGUCGACCUCUGAAAUCACAGAAAAAUUCAAAACCUGCCAGUUUUUUAAGAGGAAACGUCAUCAGGCCGUGGAGAUGCAUGCUGCUGAAGAAAAGACAUUUUGCACCAAGCUCUGAUAAGCCACCACAAAUAAUUUCCACUGCUCAGGCAUAACACAUCAAUUGUAUUUCAAGUUUUUCUCCAUUGCUAUCAUUUUAAAGCAGCAAGAUUUGUGUCUAUGUUUCUUACUUUAUAAGCAAGUUCUGCUCAGGAUGAAGUAGCGUGAAGAUAGGAUUAAACAUAGCCAUAGUUCUUGCAAACAAUUUUCAUGUCAUUUCUUUAUGCUAUCACACUGUAAAGGACUUAGUAUUGCUUGUGAAUGCUGCCCAUGAACAAAUACCUGGUAGAAUACAAAUACCAGGUAGAAUAUAAAUACCAGGUAGAAUAUAAAUACCUGGUAGAAUACAAAUACCAGGUAGAAUAUAAAUACCUGGUAGAAUACAAAUACCAGGUAGAAUAUAAAUACCUGGUAGAAUACAAAUACCAGGUAGAAUAUAAAUACCUGGUAGAAUAUAAAUACCAGGUAGAAUAUAAAUACCUGGUAGAAUGCAAAUACCAGGUAGAGUAAGGCUCUGAUAGAGCACCGAUGUCUCCUGCAAGAAGCCAGGUUGCUUUGCUGGGCACCUCCUCUGCUUCAUGGCUUAAUGAACCUUUCUAGCUCAAGAAUUCAUCCUCCCACACCUCACCAAUGCAGAGUGCCAGACCACAGGUGGCCUGUUCUCCCAAAUGCUCAGUGUUGCUGCAUCUCUUGCAGUUACUGAUAAACCAGAGUAGAUUAUUAACCUGCCAGUAUUAAUGUUUGUGAGUUGUUUUAAUCCUAUCCCAAGGCCUUUCUCUUGUAACUCUGCAAGUGACAUCUCAAAUUAUUUUGACUGCUCACCCUACUUAUCUUGCCUUCAGGAAAGAAGAAAAUUGUGACUAUUUUAUUUAUAUUGUUGUUUCACACCUAGAGACUGGAGUGUAUCAUGUCACAGUAAACAAACAAACUGGAUUUCAUGAAUUUAAGCUUUGCUUUCAUUGCCAUUAUGUUCAAAAUGCUGUAAAAGGAGGAGCGAAAAAAAUAAAAUAAAGUUUUCUUUGAU